AUGGCCCGCUCGUACAGCGGCCGGGUGCUGGCUGCGAUGAUCCUGCUGGGCGUCCCGGCGGCCGUCUUGGCGGCGCUGGGCGCGCAGCUGCUGUUCCAGCUGCAGGCGGGCCGCGCGGAGCUGCGGAGGGUGCGCGCUGACGGGCUGGGUCCGGAGUUGGACGUGGGCGCGGGGCUGCCCGAAGACGCUGCUGGGGCGCUGCUGCCGCUGGCCGCCGCGCUCGCCGCGCUCGCCCUGGUUCUGGGCUUCACCUGCCUGCUGCUCGUCGCUCUCUGCGGCCACCUGGGCGCCGAGCUGGCCAGGGGGCCCGGGCCCGGCAGGUCUGAUUGGUUUUUCUACGACUGCCGCCUCCUCAGACAUGUGGCCCUUGGCCUAUUCUGCUGCGGGGUCACUGUCUACUUAGCAGCACUGUCCAUCUAUGCCCUGCUGCUCUUUGAGAUUGAGACAGGAGCAGCAGCUGCCUCCAUCCUCGGCUUGGGUGCCCUGGCUCUGGUGGCCGUGCUGACCCACAUUCUGCUCCGGGCUGCCCAAGCUACCCGCCGUGGCCUCCAUGAGCUGUCCCCACCGCACUUUGAAGAUGACCCUGUCCGCUCUGCUGAAGUGUCCAAGGCCAGCCCCCGGGCUCAGCCCCAGCAGGGUACCCACCACCAAACCCCCUACUCAUUCUGCCCAGAACCUGGGGACCCCCUCAGAACUCCUCAGAACCUCUCAGUCACUGCCUCGGUACCUGCAGCUAUGGGGGGUGGCCAGGAGAGCAGCCUGCCUGCAUCCCACAUGCACCAGAUGCUGUUGGUUGGUGGGGGCCACUGGGAAGGGGUCACCCAUGAGAUGCGCAGCAUGUUGGGCCAUAAGCCAGGGGGUUCAGGGAAAGACUCCACACUAGUGUGA